CAGAAUUCUAACCUAUGAUAUUCUUGAAAUCAGAAGAUUUAUUUAUUUUUCUAUUGAGACAGUAUAGUGCAGUAUGGUGUGUAGCGGUUGCAAUGGCGAUUUGGGGAGCCACAAAACUUAGUUUACAAACUUGGAAGAGGUUUCAGGAAAACCCGACAGUGGUGUCAAUGGAAAGGAACUACAAGGAAUGGAAUACCUCGUUCCCAUCAGUCGCAGUCUGCCCUCACUCAAAAUACACAGAGGAAACCUUGCAAAAUACCGUUAAUAAUGCCAUGUUUUCUUACGUAAAAGACAAGAAAGGCUUCAAACAGUUCCUGAUUGAAUUGAGCAACGUUACAUAUGGACACUUUGAUGAACUGUCAUUCGAUUUCAAAGAACUAAAUCCACGCCAUUAUCUUAAGGCGGUUAUUCUAUCCAAGUAUCCGUUUGUCUACAGGGUCAGCAACAGUAACCCCGAGCAUUAUAAUGUUCUAGACCUCAAUAAUUUCGUCUCUGAGCUUGGCAUUUGCUACUCCUACAAUUCCGACUCAACAUAUUAUAAUGAUCCCAGUUAUUGGGACACUAACAGCUGGUACAAUCUUGGACAUUUUCCGGUUUUCCAAAGUAGCCCAUUAGAUGGGGAUAUAUUUGCACAAUUAAGGAACAUGAAUUCUGGAUAUCAGAUGUUUAUUUAUGGUCCAUCAGAGUUCCCUGACAUAGCCUUGACGAAGCUAGAAUCAUAUAACAAAUCAUACAAGACGCUGGACCUUACGGCUUUGAGUAUUGUCAGUUCGGAAGCAGCAGAGAAACUCAAGAUUCAGCAGAGGAAGUGCAGACUACAACAUGAAUCUAAUCUUCUCACUAGUCCCGUUUACAGUUACAAUCUUUGCAGGAUGGAGUGCCGCAUAAGGGAAUGUUUCAAACUUUGCAACUGUAUGCCCUAUUUUUAUCGACCAGUUGGACAAUAUCCAAUUUGUGGUUUCAAUGGCAUGCAAUGCUUACAGAAACAUACAGAACGUUUAACUAAACUUUUAGAUCCUGCAACCGGGAAAAAAUUGCGCUGCCCUUGCCUUCCUCUUUGCCACGACGUCAAUUACUUCAUUGACACUGAUAAUACUAUGACAUGGUCAUUAGGUACAAAUUUAAAACUUGGUCUCAUCAAAUACCCACGCUUCAGAUUGAAAAGAGAAGUUUUGUUCGGACAGACAGAUCUUCUAGUAUCUAUUGGAGGAUCGGCAGGUUUAUUCCUGGGAUGCAGCCUCUUGAGUUUUGCUGAAAUUUUGUAUUUUUUCACAAUCAGGAAUUUACUAUUUUGGCGAAGAGGAAUGAAGCUAGGAACGAAUUGACUAACUAUUAUUCUUUUUUUCAACAUAAUUAUAUAUAUUAAUUUAUUUUACAAUAUAUCUCAGAAAUACAAAAAUAUGCUAUUGUGGAUUGUUGAAGAGCUUGUUUCUCUAUUAAUAAAUACAUAAAUUAUGGAUUUAAUAUUCUUAUAAUUAUUUAGUUUAGUAAGAAGUUGAGACAUCCAUUCUCCCUAUUUUGCAUGAUACAAGUUGUUAUAAAAUAUAGCGAAUCAUUAU